AGUCACUGUGCCUUUGCUCAGCUCUGGUGGAUAGUGAGCCUUCGAUUUGAUAAGCUCAUUUGGCAAUACUGAAUCAACUUGAAUGAAUGGGAGCUGAUCCUGACUGCCUCAUAGAAGUGUUAUGUAAUUUAUGGUACCCACAAACCCUUUGGGAGGUCUUUAUUGUGAAGGUGUCAUUCUGGGUCUUCAGUUCUUACCCAGUCCUACCAGAGUGAUUCUCAUGCCUGAAGGGCUAGAAACUUGCCAUAAAAAGGAAGCAUUUGGCUUUUGCUCAGAGAUAGAGUGGUGAUGAAGAAUGGGGGUUAAAAUCUGGAAAUGUUGAAGUUGUGAUUGAAGUUUAGAUUAGUUUAGAAGUACCUCCCACCUUGUUACACUGACUUAAUUUCUGAAAAAUGAGUCUUAUUUAGGGUUUCGAACACUUCUUUGACUAGCUUCAGAAAAGGCUUACUAAUGUAUUUGUCUUGUAAGUUUCUACUGAGAUUCGUUUUUGUCAGCUCUGGCAUUUCCCAGAGAAACAAAAGAGGAGUGGUUUUCCAUCACCCCACACAGUACACUUCUUAAUUCUAUCACUGAUGGAUGUGCUCUGUUAAACAAGCCUGACUGUUGGCCGACUCACUGAGGAGCCCUGUGUAGUGUGACCCCAUCUCUGCUACCAGCAUUUACACUUGUAGUACUUGGAAUUUUCAGUGUAUUGUGUUAAAACAAACUUCUAAUUCUGGCUAUUUUUCUUUUCAACUUUAGGUCUAAAAUUGGAAGCUCUAUUUUUAUACAACAUAUUCUAGAAAAGUCACCAGUGUUGCUAUUCUCUUGCUACCCAAAUAUCCUGACUGAGCCUGGGGGUGGGGAGAGCAAGAGCCGGCUGUCUCAUGUGGCUAAGCAGAAUGUGUGGGCCUGCCUGCCAGCCGGUGGAGGUGGAAUCUGCUCUUUGCUUCUUGGCAAGUUGGCUGGCUCCUCUAACUGAUGGCAUGUUGAAGUACAUGGACCAGUGGCAGCGAAGGGAUCUGAUCCAGAGUGGGCCACUCUAGAAGGCCAGGCUACAAUCACCAUGGGCCAGUGUGUCACCAAAUGCAAGAAUCCUUCAUCAACCUUGGGCAGCAAGAAUGGAGACCGGGACCCCAGCAGCAAGUCACACAGCAGGCGGGGGGCUAGCCACCGUGAGGAACAGGUGCCACCUUGUGGCAAACCAGCUGGGGAUAUUCUUGUCAAUGGGACCAAGAAAGCAGAGGCUGCCACCGAGGCCUGCCAGCUGCCAACUUCUUCUGGAGAUGCGGGGAGGGAGUCCAAGACCAAUGCUGAGGAGUCUUCCUUGCAGAGGUUGGAAGAACUAUUCAGGCGCUAUAAGGAUGAGCGGGAGGAUGCAAUUUUGGAGGAAGGCAUGGAGCGCUUUUGCAAUGACCUAUGUGUUGAUCCUACGGAGUUUCGAGUGCUGCUCUUGGCCUGGAAGUUCCAGGCUGCUACCAUGUGCAAAUUCACCAGGAAGGAGUUUUUUGACGGCUGUAAAGCAAUAAGUGCAGACAGCAUUGAUGGGAUCUGUGCACGUUUCCCUAGCCUCUUAACAGAAGCCAAACAAGAAGAUAAAUUCAAGGAUCUCUACCGGUUUACAUUUCAGUUUGGCCUGGACUCUGAAGAAGGGCAGCGGUCACUGCAUCGUGAAAUAGCCAUUGCCCUGUGGAAAUUAGUAUUUACACAGAACAAUCCUCCAGUAUUGGACCAGUGGCUAAAUUUCCUAACAGAGAACCCUUCGGGAAUCAAGGGCAUCUCCCGGGACACUUGGAACAUGUUUCUUAACUUCACUCAGGUGAUUGGCCCCGACCUCAGCAACUACAGUGAAGAUGAGGCCUGGCCGAGUCUCUUUGAUACCUUUGUGGAGUGGGAAAUGGAGAGAAGGAAAAGAGAAGUGGAAGGGAGAGGUGCACUCAGCUCAGGGCCCGAGGGCUUAUGUCCAGAAGAGCAGACUUAGCUGCUCUGUUCCAGGAGCAGCACUGAGGAUCUGCCUGCUGCCCUGCAGCCAAGUGAGGAAUUGGACCUUUCUGGAAAUUACCGAAGAUCCGGAUAUUUUCUACUUUCACCUUUCUCUGCCUUGUAUUUGAAAGGGCUCUAAAAUGCUGUAUCAUGUUUUAGGCACUUUCUUCAUUUUUUUUUUUUUUUUGGGUUAUUUUGGUUAUUUCUUUUUGGGGGUGGGAAAUCCCCCCAAAAUAUUUGAACCUGGCUACAUGUUGUGUACCUUUUUUUGAAGCCUUCAGAUAGAAUAAGCCUGCCAUUUCUUGCACAACUUUAUUAGAUUUGUUUUGUUUUUUGUGGGGGAGGGUGUAGACCCGGGUUGGGGAGUGGGACUGUUAGGUUGAAUUAACAUUACAAAAUGAUACAGUGCCAGAUCUCAGUUUUGCAUAUUAUUUUUCAGGGCAGGUCUGUACUGUGUGUAGUGCUGUUUACAUGGUUGAAUUUAGGUUGUAAUAAUUAUUUUUAAAGAUUUACACAGAUAUGAAUAUAGCAGUGUUAACUGUUAGCCACAUUGCAUUAAUUUCCAGACAGUUUGGAGCUCUUGGAGAGCCAAGGCCAAGGCCAGUCAAGAGCAUUUGCAGUCUGACACCCCACCCCAUCCCUUUACGCUAAUUUAUCCAAAGCCCUAUCUCCCUCACUUCUUGCUCAUUCCUUCUCUGACCUAUAUUGCAUUUCAUGUUUAACUUAUCCAUCAACAUGCUGUACCUGUCAGUCAAGUGAGCAGUUUUGUUUUGUUCGAACACAUUGUACUGAAAACCACUUAAGCAUUGAAUGCAGAGAAAGCAGUGCUACCUCAGUUUUGCUGGAAGUAGACUUCUUUGAUAUUUUCUUUGAUGUUUUUGUAUUUUCAUGUCAUAAGUGGAAAUACUUCUUUUUCCCCCUUUUCAUUUGCCUUGGAGCCAAAGUUUCCGUUGUUGUGGGUGGUGAGAAAAGUGUGCCUGCCUGCCUGCCUGCCAGCUGACCGGACAGAAAGCUGUGGCAUGGGGCUCUGCUCCAGACUGCUUUUCUUUAGUUUUUGUUGAGUAUCACUAGCUUACUUGUCUGGCAAGUGCAGAAGCCUGAGGCUGGCCUGAACUCUGCCAAACAAAUUAUCCACGUGUAUUGAAUCAUUAAAUGUGUGCCCUCUCCCUCUUUGCUGCGCCCAUGUUGUCACUUAACCCCAGGAGUUAUUUAUUGUCUUUUGUUAGUGUCAGGCUCACCUGGGGUGACGUGAUGGCUGUUUAGGUUUACACGGCCCUCUGCUCUUUCCCUACUCCCAGACAUGUAUAUAUACAUAUAUAAGAUAUGUAUAUAUUUUACCUUAUAAAAUAUAUAUAUACACAUAUAUGUAUCUAUAUCCCUGCGUUUGUCUGCUAAAACUGGCCAUGAAAGAGGGAGCUGCCUUCAACCUGUAGUUUAAGAAGAUGCCAGGGAGCAUCAUAAAUGGAGGCUGUUGUAUAUUAAUUUAGAUUUUUUUCACUAAAAAGAACAUGAAUGAAUUUGCUCGCAGGAAGGAGGAACCAGUUCUCUAGACCCCAUGCUCACUCUACAAGGCCAGCUUUGGUCAAGCUGCCCGUGGGGCCUGAAGAGCUGACUAUGUCCUGCCUUGUUCCAUUAGAGGACCAUCUUGAUAAUUUCCCCUUUAAAAUAUCCUCAAAAAUGUACUGGAACGUGGGUGGCAGGAGCUUGUACAGUUCAGCUUCCAACAUUUCGGAACAGAUUUAAAAGGGAAUCUUUUAAUAAAUAAAAGCUACAAAAAUAUUUAUACUCUUGAUACAAUGAAAAAGUGUCUAUUAAAUAUUUGGAAUUUUCUUCCUUGAUUAGUCUGCCCCAAAUCCUGGGUAUGUUUCUCAACCUGGGUAAGAAUUGCAUGCUUUGAGUUCUUCAUGAGUCUUAUAGCUCUGGGCACUUAUCUCUAUAAAGAUGAUUAUUUUAGGAGAUGACAGUCAUAUUUCUUGAAGUUGGUAUUGACACAGGGAACAUUUUUGUAAGCCUCACAAUUGUCCUUUCUUGAGAGAUGAGAUGAUGAAAAUCAGCCACAGACUUAAGAUAGUGCUGGAAGGCACAAGUGGCUAUUGGGCCAGAUGUGCCCCUUUCUUCUAGCUGAAAUAAGAGGACAUCCUUGAGUUAGAAUCUAGGAGCCCAGCAGUUUCUGAGGGCACAGCUACAUGCCUUUGGAUAAAAACUCACCAAACCAGUUAGUUGUUCCUAAUUCAGGAUUAGUAGAAGUCCAAUGAGGGAAAAAGCGGAGUUAGGUAAGUAAGACUUUCUGUCCCAGAUAAGAAAGGGUGGGUGUAUGGCGGGGAAGUGCCAAGAGAGGGAGUCUGCCAAGGGCCCCAUGGACUCAAGGAACUAGAUUCCUUCCCAACUGGGUAGAUUUUUUUUAACUGCCCAGUUUCUCCAACCCCAAUGCCUGCACCCCAACCCCCAGCCAUUAGAAAUUGUGAUUAUAUUUUUAAUCAUCUGUGCUGAGAAAGCAGAGAAAGGAGCGUCAGGGAGGACUCUGGGUUCUCUGUGCAGUAGUUUUGUUUUACCGAGAGACUCAGUGAGGUGCACAGUUUGUAGUUAACACUUCUGGGAUACAGAAAAGCCUCUGUUCACUCAGCCUCAGACAGGCUUGCUGAGUACUGGGUGGAUGAGCAGUGGCUGGGAGCCAAAUUGCCCCUCAGGUAAGCUAGCUUUGUGACUUGGGUGAUGUGGGGAGGUGCGAUAUGUGGGUGCCAUUUUGAAAUUCUGCAAUGUUUAAGCAUUACUACACAGAAUAUGUUGAAAAUUGCUUACUUUGGGCAAGUGACUUUUUGAGUUUCUAUGGUAUUUCUUUAGUAACUCAUUAGCAAGCUGGUAUGAGAUAAAAAGUUACUUUACUGAAUUCUUUCCCCUAGUCUUCCUUGCCAUACUUGAAUGUAUCAUUCUUAAUGACACUUUGCUGUACUUCUGGGGGUUGCCUCAGCAACUCUCUCUUCACUGGCAGAUGUGCCAACAUGUGUGUUGGGUCCAGAAGUCUGUAUGUACCCAUCUUAUAAAGAAGUCUCCAGAGCUGGCUGAAAUUCCAAAUUUCAGCCAAAGCUUUGGGCCAGGGGAAAGAUAGUAGAAAAUGUGCAAAGCAGUACUGUUCAUGUUAGAUGGAUGGAUACAGUGAAGAAUUAAGCCUCACACAGAAUUAGCUUCAAACAGUACUGUCACCUAGGGUCUGGUCUCUAGGCUAGAUCAGGUUAUGGGACCCUAUAAAUUAUGUAAUUAGACUAUACAUUGGUGGGAAGUUGCUAAGAUAAAGACUUGUUCAAAAGACUAACAGCAAAAGAUGUGUGUAUUGAAAUGUAUAGUUUGCUGUAUUUCAAGUGGAGUCUUCAGUGCAGCAGGUAGACCUAGUUAUACAGUUAUGUAUGGAAUGGAAAGCAAACUACUGUUAAACAGUUUUUCUCUCUCCCCUGCCACCUUCUUCAGAUUUUUUUAAUCUCCUGUGUGUGUCAGGAUGGCUAGUGAUGACCUGAACAUCUUGGUAACUGACAAAGGUCUACUUGGAGGACUAAAGCAGUAUUUAGCUUAAAUAUGUGAAAGAACAAAAUUAUCAAAAGAUGUUGAUUAGGAUUAUUUAAGGUCAUGUGACAUUGAUCUUUUCUUCUACGUCAUGGUUCUUCUUGCCACACUCCUAUUCUGAGUUUAUUUUUUUUUUGGUAAGCUGUAGUUGUAGCCCAUACCAGUUUGACCUGGUCUAGGACUACAUGCUGGGGAUGCUCAUCAGGACCCCCCCCCCUUUUUUUUUUCAAAGAAGGAUGCUUGAGCAUUGGGCACAGAUGCUGAGGUGGUUUGACUAGCUGAAAAAUCAAGUUCUGAUUCGGGUGUUGGGGCAUCAUAUUCUGUUUCUCUUGGGAACCCAGCCUGCUCUCAUAGAUACCUACUUCCAUCACAUACCCUGAGCAUUGCCAAAAGAAGCCAUUCAGCAGCUGCUGUUUUUCUCUCAGCACAAAUAUAUUUGCUACAGAAGAACUAUCUUUUCUCUAAUACUAAUUCCCCGUCCAGUCCUCAGAAUCUGAUUAACUGCUCUUCCCUGCUGCACUGAAUAUGUUCAAGGUUUUAAAGAGGGAAUUUGAAGCAAUAGGCAAACAGGGCUUGGUUGAAUUGGUCUUGCAUAUAUCCUGUCUUAAGCCAAUGAGGUGAUGAGUCCACUGCUCAUGUGACCCUACACCUUUGUGGAUCCUUCUUGGUUUGUGACCAGUGUACGUUUCUUGAGGUUGUACAAACUUGACAAAAGUUAAUACUUUUGUAUUCUCUGCACUGUUGCACUCUUCAAAUAGCCCCCUGAAUAUUACCUUGAUAUACACAUUUUUGUCUUUGAUGUCUACAGUAUUUUUCUUUUUUUUUUAAAUUUGAAGGUUAUCUGCUGUUGGAUUCAAUAAAUUUGUUUACCUAACUAUUGAUAUUUCUGCAGAAAACAAAAAACAGUGAAUUUAUUCUGAAGUAAUUUAUCAACCCAUUGGGAACCUUUACCAUUGUGAUGCUAUGCUAUAUAACAACUUGGGAAAAUGACCCUUGUAAGAUAGGAGUCUUGCUCCAAACACAUGAUGACCUCCAUGCACAUGAAUGUUUGCUUAUAUGCCCAUUACUGGAAUCAUCUUUCUUACCUUAAGUAAUGCAGUUCCCAUGAGAAAUGAGAUGACAGUUUUGAUCUCUUUGUUAAAUGUAUGGAUGGUCCCUAGGUCUAAUCAGGCUUGCAAUGACUAAUUUUUUUUUUUAACUCGUCUGCAAAAUAAAGGCAUCUCCAUUGGUAUUAGGAUUUAAGAAAAAGCCUGUGAAACACCCAUGAUACCUCAUAGUGCUGAACUAUAAGCCUCCUUAAAGUUCAUCAAAAAGAUGUUAAGUACAUUGUGUGAUAGUUGGGGGCACAGUUGUGUGUGGGAUGAUAUUUGAUCUUUCAUCACUUAGUGGAGUGGGGAUUAGAUAAGCCUUUUCAGUUGGGAAAGGGUUCUAAGCUUGACUAUACUCCCUAGAAAACUUGUAGUUUACCCUUGUUCCAUAAUCCUCUCACUGACUUCUGGGCUUGUUUCUUCUGUGCUUUGUCCCUUAAGCACAGAUAGGACUUUGCAGAUUGGAGAAUAGUAGAGUGGAAAGGAAGACAGCCAACUGGACAUUAACAGAGUGGUAAAUGGGUUACAAGAUGAUGAAAUCCUACUUUCAACUAAAAUAUUGGCAAAUAACUUUUAUACAGUUACCAGAGAAGCUUAAUUGCAUAUGGAAUGGACUUCUACCAAGAAAGUAUGCUAAAAUGUAGUCCAUGGGUAUAGAGAAGAGUCACUUCAAUUCUGGUGUCUUCUAUAGACUCCUCAAAGCAGAUGGCUAAGUUGGCUCUGGAAUUUAUCCCUCUAGGCCUGGGUUUUGACCCAAAUUAUAAAAGAAAUAAUGGAGAUAAUUGGAUAUAUUUAUCUAUAUAUGAGAGGAAGCUGCUAUAUGUCAAGGUAGUGUCAGGAAGAAUAAAGGUCAAAUCAUUA